AUGGCCAAAAUGAAGAUAAAGAGGGCUAAAGGUCCUGAAAUUUCAGUGCCAGAGCCCAAGACGAAGCGGAUCACCAUCAAAGCCAAAAAAGAGGAGCCCAGUUCGACGUCAGGAUCGAGCUUGAAGGUUAAAAUUAGUAAACCUAAUCGAGAACAUGAACAAACGAAUGCUUCACCAGGUGGCGCUAAGAUGAAAUUGAAAUUGAAUUUUAAGAAAGAGGAGUCGACCAUCGAAUCUAGUUCAACGCCAAAAGCGCCGAGAUUCAGGAUUAAACCGGUCAGAAUACCUGGAGAAGGUUAUGAUUCCGAAGCAUCAGAUGUCGAGGACGACCCAUUAGUUGAAGAAGGCAUUAUCUUGAGAGUAUUACCGGAUUUACAGACGGAUUUUAUCAAGAGUUGUAUUGAAAGCGGAGACUUCACAGGAUUAAGCAUGAAAUGGAAAGGCGAAAGACACGCGAUCUUGAAAGUGAACGGAUACCAAUACGGUGCCGUUUUGGUUGACUUGCCUUCAAACAUUGAAGUCAACAAGAGUGUGGAUCGUAAAAACCUGCUCAAGACGUUUGACGUAUCGCAAAUGCUUAUAUGUGUUAAACCUGUCAAAGAAGAAGAAGACGUGUUCAAAUUAACUCCGCCUGACACUGAAGAUUUGGUGAGAAAGCAUUUCUCUGAGUAUGCAGAUGAGAUAUUGACUUUUAAAAAAAUGCUUUUGAAAGGUUAUGGUGGUGGACCUUUGACGGACGCGGAAGCUAAAUACAGUGAGGGAAUUGUCACCAAGACCUACGAUUACAAGCACGGUCUAACGCCGCCUCUCCACAAUGUGCGGAAUCGAAGGUUCAGAAGGAAGCUGAGUCGACAGGAGAUAAACCAUGUUGAAAAAACGGUGGAACUUCUUUUAAAACAAGACGAAGAAGCAGAGGACUUUAGUUACGAACUGGUUUCAGAAUCGGAAAUUGCACACAGACCCGCAACGAAUGUAGAGGCACGUCGCGAGACGGCGGAAAGAGGCUCGCUGGAUUUGUUUGGAGAAGAGCCGGAUGAUCAUGAAGACCUGGAAUUGGAGCUUGAGCAAGCUUUACAGGAAGAUAAAGCUGGGGCUAGGUUGGUCGACGAAGGUGCUAACUCUUCUGUCUUUGAUACGGCUCAAACUACUGGAGAAACACCACGUCUUGAAGAAACAGGCGACGACGUGGAACAGGACAAUGGGGAGGAAGAAGAGGAUGAUGAGGAAGAUGAAGACAACGAAGAAGAUAUGGAGGAAGAAGCACCUAUCAUGACCACUAAAGAAGUCGUUGACGAAUCCAGGCAACACAAUGAACUCUUGAAAGAUGAAUUGAUGGAAUUAGAGGUUACAUUACAGCACAACAAGCAGCGACUCCAAAAAGCUACGAAUCCAUUGCUAAAGUCCAGAUUUGUCGAGAGUAUCAAAAAACUUGAGAAAGAGGUCGAUAUUAAACGAAAGCAGCUCAAACAGUCGAAUAUGAGUACAUCGCAACUGCCGUCGGAUUCGAAGCAGACUCGCCAAGAAGAGGACGAAGAGGAAGACGAGGAAGAAGAAGAAGAAGAUUUGGACAAUGAAGACGACAAUGACGAUGAAGAGGACGAGGGUGAACCAGAAGAUGAGGGCGAAGGUGCCGAUGCCGAGCCCGAGGCUGACAGAGGGCCCGAGCCCGAUAGAAAUGCCUUAGACCAAGAGGACAUGGACAUGAUGGUUCUAUUUGGAGGCGAAGGCGAUUGA